GUCGGUCUGACGUCAUCCCAUGCGUCACGGAGCCGCCGCGCGCGCGCCCCUCAGCGCCCGGCGCCGCCCGAGUUCCCGCCGCGGCGCGCGCCCCGAUGACGUCACUGCCGGUACCGGGCCGGCCGCGUGUUUCCCGGGAACUUCCGGUUCCGGGGCGCGGAGCGGCCCCGCCAUGGACGAUGUGAUCCUCAACGUGGACUUCACCGCCCCCGAGCGCCGCCCGAAGAAGGAGCCGGGCAACCGAAAGCACCAGAGCUUCGUGCGGCGGCGGCGGGAGCUGGAGCGCCGCGGGGUCCUGCGGCAGAAGCCUCCGGCGGCACCGAGCGGGCCCCGGCGGGCCCGGGCACGGCGUGCGGGCCGGCGCAGCCCCAAGGAGAACGGCACCACCACUGCCCGGUGCCCCCCGGCGCCCCAGAGCGGCCCCACCGGCACCCAGGGCAAGGCUCGGGGCGCGGCUGCCGGAGCCCCCGCGGCCUCCCCGACCGGCCCCACCGGGCCCGGUGCUCCCGCUCGGAGCAAGAGGAAAGCUCGGGGCGCCCCCAAGGCCGGCGGAGCCCCCCCGGCGCCCCCCAAGCUGGUGGCCAUGGACUGCGAGAUGGUGGGCACGGGGCCCGGCGGGCGCACCAGCGCGCUGGCCCGCUGCAGCAUCGUCACCUACGAGGGCGACGUCGUGUACGACCGCUACGUGCGGCCCGAGGCGCCUGUCGUGGACUACCGCACCCGCUGGAGCGGCAUCCGCCGGCAGCACAUGGCCCAGGCCGUGCCCUUCCGCAGGGCACAGCGCCAGGUUGUGCAGAUCCUUGCUGGCAAGGUGGUGGUGGGCCACGCCAUCCACAACGACUUCAAGGCUCUCCAUUACUGCCACCCCAAAGCUCUGACCAGGGACACGUCCCAGAUCCCGCUGCUGAACCGCCGGGCUGGCUUCCCUGAGAACGUGGCCAUCUCCCUGAAGCGCCUCACCAAGGCCCUGCUGAACCAGGACAUCCAGGUGGGGAAGAGCGGCCACUCCUCGGUGGAGGACGCCCGAGCCACCAUGGAGCUCUACAAGGUGGUGGAGGAGGAGUGGGAGCAGCACCUGCAGCAGCAGAACCUGGAGCAGAAGUGACACCCUGGGGGGCUCAGAGUGACACCCCCAACCUGGUCCUGCCUCUGGGAGGGGCUCAGAGUGACACCCCCAGCCCGGUCCUGCAUCUGGAGGGUCCCAAAGUGACACCCCCAGCCUGGUCCUGCCUCUGGGGGGGCUCAGAGUGACACCCCCAGCCUGGUCCUGCCUCUGGGAGGGGCUCAGAGUGACACCCCCAGCCCGGUCCUGCAUCUGGGGGGGCUCAGAGUGACACCCCCAGGCCGGUCCUGCCUCUGGGGGGGGCUCAGAGUGACACCCCCAGCCCGGUCCUGCAUCUGGGGGGGCUCAGAGUGACACCCCCAGCCUGGUCCUGCCUCUGGAGGGUCCCAAAGUGACACCCCCAGCCUUGUCCUGCCCCUCGAGGGUCCCGUGAGCCCUGAGGUGCUGCCCUGUCCGUGGCUGAGGAGGAGCCAGGUGUGAUGUCCCUGUCCCCAAGCCUGUCGUGCCUUGUGCCGCUGUCCCCAGGGUGGGCCGGUGCCUUCCCCCGGGGGAGGGGAGCCCCAGAGGGGUCUCUGGCGUUCUGCACCCCCGAACGCUUCGGGGCUGCUGCCGCUCCUGAUCUGGGAGUGACCCUGGGGCAUCCUGAGCACGGCCCCCAUCGCUGGGGCGCUGGGAGUGGAGCGGGCUCCUUCCUCCUCCCCAAACUACCUCUGUCAGAGCCGGGAGCUGCCGGUGUGCCCCGGGGCUGCCGCUGUGCCCGGGGGCUGCCGGU